AUGUUCGUCAAAGCUUUAUAUGAUUAUGAUUCAACCGAAAUUUCAGGUCUAUCAUUUAAAAGAAAUGAUAUUAUUCAAGUGAUAAAUCAACUUGAUAGUGGUUGGUGGGAUGGAAUAUGUAAUGGAAUACGCGGUUGGUUUCCAUCAAAUUAUAUUACAAUGGUUAAUGAUAAAGAAGGACUUUAUCAUCUAAGUGUUAAUCAGCAAAUCAAAACUAUUCUUAAGGAAUCAGUUCUUGAAGAAGAAUUGGUAUUUGGAACUACAAAUUAUGAUACUCCAAAUGAAUCCUUUGAAAAUAGUAAUAAUCCACAAGGCGAAGAAGAUGAGAGCGUGAGGCCUUUUGAGAAUGAAGAACAAAAUUUGUCAGAGAAUUUCGAAAUUAAAGAAAAAGUCAGCGAAGAACUAAGAUGGAACCAUGCAAAUUCUUCAUCAACAACAAAUUAUACUCUAACAAGCAAUAUCAGAAAAACGACUUCGUUGUCUUCUUUACAUCACAACAAGCAACAAUAUGAACAUUAUGAGCAAUGCGAUCGUAAUGAUGACAUUAAUAACAAUCAAUCUUAUUCUAACAGCAUCGAUCCUAAUAACAACAUUACCAACAAUCAAUUAUUAUUGCAAAAUCCGGACAACGAGCAUUUCACUUGGGACUCAUUAUUGAAUAACGUCAUCUACUCAGUAAAUCAAUUAACAGCAUCGGCAAAUGACACCAACAAACACGAAUUCACGCAAUACAUUGACACCGUUAAUCGAAGUAUCAGAAUCAUGUUGUACGCGUCAGAUACAAUCAAUCGUGACUCGAUAAUAUUCAAAACUUUCCCCAGCCUAUCCAAAUUCCAUAACGAUGUUACCUCCUCGUUGUUCAAAUUGAUUUUGUCGGCUAAAAUCGCGUCGAACGAAUGGUCGCCGCCUGGUUCGACAGAUAGGAUGAUUCAGGAAUGUAAAUCGUUGUUGGAUGCAACUAAACAAUUUGUAAAUAUUUCAAAAGAUUUGAUUGUAAUUAAGCGUGUUGAUCCUAAAAUACCAAGUAGUAGUAAUUAUGGUAGCAAUAAUAAUUAUGCUUGGAAUCACAAUUCCGAUUCCAAUCUUAAUACAUCAGUUAUAACUGAUCAUUUUCGAUCCAAGAAAAUUCUUUUAUCAUCAAGUCUAGCAGUUUUCAUAAUGCAUGUUCAUAAAAUUGUUUCGCAAGUAGGUCAAUUCUUAGCUUUGAUCAAGAAUAUUAAUAUAUCGAAAUUAAACGAGACAAGCAACAAUUCAAUACAAGAAUUUGAAAUUGCAAGACAAUCAUUGUACAAUAAUGUUGCUUCUAUUGCAAUUUUGACUCAAUUCGCCACCAAGAUCAAUGGCAUCAAUGACAAUAAUAUCAACAAGACUAUUGAUCAGUUAUUAUUUGCAAAUUUGGAAUUGGACAAAUCAGUCAAAAACCUUUGUUUGGCUGUAAAAUUUUUGAUCGAAGAAAAAGAAAAUCAAGAUGAUUCCAGGAAAUUAUUACUUUUAGAAAAGAAGAAUGUUGAGAUUAAUGAAAAAGAAGACGAUUAUAAUAUUAAUAAUCUUGCAAGAUCUACAACAAAAGCAACACCUCCAAAUGAUAUAAUAUCACUAAGUUGUAAUAAUGAUAACGAUAAUGGAGGUAGUAGGGUGGAUAAUAGGAAAGAUGGUAAUGAAUCAACAAAAACUUCCAAUCACCCAAAAGCUUUGGUUAAAAUUAAUACAUCAUUUGGUAAUCCUAAUAAAAAAAAACCAUGGUUUCUAUGUUAUGAUUACGAUAUAUCAGAAAUGUGUUUCAAUGCGGACAAUUUAGUAAUUGGCGGCACGUUGAAAGCAUUGGUCGAACGAUUGACAAUGCACGAUUUGCUAGACUCGAAUUUCAUAGCAACAUUCCUGUUAACAUUCAGAUCAUUUUGUACAGCUGAUGAAUUAUUUGAUUUGUUGGUUGAAAGAUUUAUUAUAAGUCUACCAGAAGAUAGAGAGAUUUCCAGGGAGGAGUUUGAAAUUUGGACCGAAAAGAAACAGAUGCCGAUUAGGAUUAGAGUUUUCAAUAUUUUGAAAAGUUGGUUGGAAAGUUAUUAUAUUUACGAGCAGGAUAAACAUUGCUUGGAAAGAAUGAAAGAGUUUGCUAGCACUACAAUGAAUAUUUAUAUGACUAAUGCUGCUACUUCUUUACUAAAAGUUAUCGAAAGAAGACAACAACAACCACAUGUAGCAACAUUUAAAGAAUUGAUACAAACUUUUUCAGCACCACCCCCACCACCGAUUCUACCCAGAAGUCUAAAACGAAUCAAAUUUUUAUAUUUGGAUCCUUUGGAAAUUGCAAGACAAUUCACAAUUAUCCAGAGUAAAUUAUAUAAUAAAAUUAGACCUGUCGAGUGUUUGGAUAAAGCAUGGAGUAAGGAAGAAGGUGGUGAUUUAGCCGUAAACAUUAAAGCCAUGAUACUUAACAGCAAUCAAACAAUCAUAUGGGUUCAGAAAAUGAUAUUGAGUCAAUCGGAAGUUCGUAAACGAUGUUCAAUAAUUAAACAUUUUAUAUAUAUAGCUGAUAAGUGCAAACAGUUGAAUAAUUUUAAUACUUUGAUGUCAAUUGUAUCCGGAUUAAAUUCUUCGCCGAUAUACAGAUUGAGAAGAACAUGGGAAACUGUGCCGGCAAGACAUAUACAAACUUUCGAAAUGCUGAAAAAAAUAAUGAAUGCAUCUAAAAAUUUUUCAGAGUAUCGAGAAAUGUUACACAGAAUUAAUCCACCCUGUGUUCCUUUCCUUGGCGUGUAUUUGACGGAUUUGACGUUUAUAGAGGAUGGGAAUCAAAACACAUUGAAAAAACAGAAAAAUCUAAUUAAUUUUUCCAAAAGAAUGAAGACUGCAGAGGUCAUUCGUGAGAUACAACAAUAUCAAGUGCCUUAUAAUUUGAGUCCGGUGCAUGAAAUUCAAUUGUUCUUAACAAGUCAUAUUGAAGAUAGUAAUGAUUCUAGUGAUUUUUACGACAAAAGUUUAGUAAUUGAGCCAAAGGAACGAGAAGAUGAAAAGAUUGCUAGAUUACUCCAAGAAUCUGGAUUCUUAUAA